GGCCGCGUGCCGCGUCUGCGGGAAGGAGCCGGGAGCAAGCCGCAGCCCGGGAGAGGCGCCGGCGGGCCCGCGGAGCCGCGUGGGGGACGCCCGGGCGCAGCGGAGCUGGGCGUCGCGGCUGUCGGCCGACGGGCCCCGCGCGGCCGGGCGCCGAGGGCGACGUUGCGCUGUGGAGACGCGGGGGAGCGAGCCGCCGCGGCCUUAGGGUAACAAGGAUAAGAUUUACCCUCCUGUCUGAAACAACCAUAAAAUGGAAAAAAUACAUAGAACAGUGAUAAUCAAGACACUGGACACUGGGUGGUGAAAGGCAGUGAUCUUGUGAGCUGGAAAACAAGUGAGAUGGAUCCUGUGAUUAAACUAGCCUACUGCCUUGAGAGAGUUUCCAGACCACGUCAGAGGUUGGGGAAAUAUAGGGCUAAGGUCAGUGGAUACUCUGUGAGUUGAAGAAGGUGGCUGAAGUUCAUAGAACAGAAUACUGGAGAACUCUUAAACCUUUUGAAAUGAGAGAAUUCUUGAAAGUUUCAGAGUCCCCUGCAGCUAUUUAGCUGAGUGUAUGCAUAUAAAGAAUACUGCUGGGACUUCCCUGCCAGUCCAGUGACUAAGACUGCUCACUUUCAUUGCGAGGGGUGCGGGUUCGAUCCCUGUUCAGGGAACUAAGAUCCCACAUACCAUUCGGUUCGGUGAAAAGAAAACAAACGAACAAACAAAAAACACAACAACAACAAAAAAGAAACCACUGAAGGCCAGAGAAAGUAGCUGAUGAAAGGAUUAAAGGUGGCAGUGCUCAGUGAUUCCAUGGGGUUAGGAUUGUGCCUGUCCUCACCAGCAGAUUGGAAACCAUCUUGAUUCAUGAGACAUUGGGUAGACUACACAGAAGGGUCUUGUGUCAGUAGUAUGGAAUAAUUAGUCCUAGAAUAGGCACUGCUCCAGUCCCACCCAACUUAUCUUUAAAAGCAAGACCUGAAAGGAUCAGACAGUUUUCAAGUAACUUUACUGUGUCCUGGAGCAGAGUUCAAGAAUCUUUAACAGGAAUACAGAAGUAUCUGACACACAACAAGGUAAAAUUCACAAUGUCUGACAUUUAAUCAGAAAUUACUAGGUAUGCAAAGAAGCAUGAAAAUAUGUAUAUGAUUGUAUUGGAGAAAAUUCAGUUAAUCAAAACUAACUGAAAGCUGACACAUGUUAUAAUGAUCAAAGACACUAAAGCAAUUGCUAUAACUGUGUUCUGUAUGUUCAAAAAGUAAUUAUAGAAUAUAUGAAAAAGACCCAAAUUAAACUUCUAGAGAUGAAAAAUACAAUGUGUGAGAUGAAAAAUACACUAGUUAGGGUUAAUGGCAAAUUAGACAUUGCAGAGGAAAAGGUUAGUAAACUUAAAGACACAGGCAUGGGAAUUAUAAACAAAACCAAGGGAAAAAGAAAAAAAAACCUGAUAAUCAGCGAGCUGUGGGACUACAUUAAGCAUCCUGAUGUACAUGUUACUAGAAGCCUCAAAGAAGGAUAGGACUAGGAAGGGCAAACAGAAAUAGAUUUAAAGAAAUAAUGGCCAGAACUUUUCCAGAUUUGAUAAAAAAACUAUAAACCAGUAGAUCCAAGAAAUUCAACAAACUCUAAGCAUAAGAAACAUGAUGAAAACUACACCAAGACGCACUACAAUCAGACUUUCUUUCCUUCUUUUUCUUUUCCUUUUUCUUCCUUUCUCUUUCUUUCUUUCUUUCUUGCGGCAUGUGGAAUCUUCCCCAGACCAGGGCUCGAACCCGUGUCCCCUGCAUUGGUAGGCUGAUUCUUAACCACUGUGCCAUCAGGGAAGUCUUGAGAUUUCGUAAAACUAAUGAUUUAAAAAAAGAAACAAGAAAACAAAAAUAAACAAAAAAAACCCUUAUGCAUCCAGAGGGAAAAGUAGACCUUUUAUACAAAAGAACAAAAAUAAGGAUAAUAUCAGAUUUCUCAUUAGGAACAAUGCAAGCCAGAAGUUAACGGAGCUACAUUUUUAAAGUGCUGAAAGAUCAAUUGAAAAUUUAUACCCAAUGAAAAUAUCUAUAAAAAAUAAUACUGAACUAAAGACAUUUUAGAUAUACAAAAAUUUUAAAAAGUUACCACCAAUAGACCCAUACUCCAAAGGAGUCCUUCAGAAAGAAGGAAAAUAUCAGAUGGAAAUGUGGAUCUCUACAAAGAAGUGAGAAGCUCUGGGAAUGUGAGACCCAAUGAAAAGAGCAUGACACUUGGAAGCAGAAGACUUAGUUUCAAAUCCCUGCUCUUUCACUUACUAAUUUUGUGAUUUGGAAAUAUCUAUGCAAGAUGUUGACAUUGCAAACUUGGAUAGUGCAAGCCUUGUUUAUUUUCCUCACCACUGAAUCCAUAGGAGAACUUCUAGAUCCAUGUGGUCGUAUCCACCCUGAAUCUCCAAUUGUACAACUUGGUUCUAAUUUCACGGCAGUUUGUGUGCUAAAGGAGAAAUGUAUGGAUUAUUUUCACGUGAAUGCUAAUUACGUUUUCUGGAAAACAAACCAUGUUAUUGUUCCUUAUGAACAAUAUACUGUCAUAAACAGAACAACAUCUAGUGUCACAUUUACAAAUAUAUCUUUAUUAAAUAUUCAACUCACUUGCAACAUUCGUACAUUUGGACAGAUUGAUCAGAAUGUUUAUGGAAUCAGAAUAAUUUCAGGCCUGCCUCCAGAGAAACCUAAAAAUUUGGGUUGUAUUGUGAAUGAAGGAAAGAAAAUGAUGUGUCAGUGGGACCCUGGAAAGGAAACACACCUGGAAACAAACUACACUUUAAAAUCUGAAUGGGCAACAGAGAAGUUUGAUGAUUGUAAAGCAAAACGUGACACCCCCACCUCAUGCACUGUUGAUUAUUCUCCUGUGUAUUUUGUCAACAUUGAAGUCUGGGUAGAAGCAGAGAAUGCCCUUGGGAAGGUUACCUCAGAUCAUAUCAAUUUUGACCCUGUAGAUAAAGUGAAACCCAAUCCACCACAUAAUUUAUCAGUCAGCAACUCAGAGGAACUAUCUAGUAUUUUAAAAUUGACAUGGAUCAACUCAAGUAUUAAGAGUUUUAUAAGACUGAAAUAUAACAUUCAAUAUAGGACCAAAGAUGCUUCAACUUGGAACCAGAUUCCUCCUGAAGAUACAGCAUCUACCCGAUCUUCAUUCACUGUCCAGGACCUUAAACCUUUUACAGAAUAUGUGUUUCGUAUUCGUUGUAUGAAGGAAGAUGGUAAAGGAUUUUGGAGUGACUGGAGUGAAGAAGCAAGUGGGAUCACAUAUGAAGAUAGACCAUCCAAGGCACCAAGUUUCUGGUAUAAGAUAGAGCCAUCCCAUGUUCAUGGCUGUAGAUCUGUACAACUCAUAUGGAAGACAUUGCCUCCUUUUGAAGCCAAUGGAAAAAUCUUGGAUUAUGAAGUGACUCUCACAAGAUGGAAAUCACGUUUACAAAAUUACACAGUUAAUGACACAAAACUGACCAUAAACCUCACAAAUGAUCGCUAUAUAGCAACUCUGACAGCAAGAAAUCUGGUUGGCAAAUCAGAUGCAUCUGUUUUAACUAUCCCUGCCUGGGACUUUCAAGCUUCUCACCCCAUAACGGAUCUUAAAGCAUUUCCGAAAGAUAACAUGCUUUGGGUAGAAUGGACUGCUCCAAAUGAAUCUGUAAACAGAUACAUACUUGAGUGGUGUGUAUUAUCGGAUAAAUUGCCCUGUAUCCCAGACUGGCAACAAGAAGACGGUACUGUACAUCGCACCUAUUUAAGAGGAAACUUAGCAGAGAGCAAAUGUUAUUUGAUAACAGUCAUUCCAGUAUAUGCUGAUGGACCAGGAAGCCCCGAGUCUAUAAAGGCAUACCUUAAACAAGCUCCACCUUCCAAAGGACCUACUGUCCGGACAAAAAAAGUGGGGAAAAAUGAAGCUGUCUUAGAGUGGGACCAACUUCCUGUUGAUGUUCAGAAUGGAUUUAUCAGAAAUUAUACUAUAUUUUAUAGAACCAUCAUUGGAAAUGAAACUGCUGUGAAUGUGGAUUCUUCCCACACAGAAUAUACACUGUCCUCUUUGACUAGUGACACUUUAUAUAUGGUACGAAUGGCAGCAUAUACAGAUGAAGGUGGAAAGGAUGGUCCAGAAUUCACUUUUACUACACCAAAGUUUGCUCAAGGAGAAAUUGAAGCUAUUGUUGUACCUGUUUGCUUAGCAUUCCUAUUGACAACCCUUUUGGGAGUAUUAUUCUGCUUUAAUAAGCGAGACCUAAUUAAAAAACACAUCUGGCCUAAUGUUCCAGAUCCUUCAAAGAGUCAUAUUGCCCAGUGGUCACCUCAUACACCUCCAAGGCAUUUUAAUUCAAAAGAUCAAAUGUAUCCAGAUGGCAAUUUCACUGAUGUAAGUGUUGUAGAAAUAGAAGCAAAUGACAAAAAGCCUUUCCCGGAAGAUCUAAAAUCGUUGGACCUAUUCAAGAAGGAAAAAAUUAAUACUGAAGGACACAGCAGUGGUAUUGGAGGGUCUUCAUGCAUGUCUUCUUCUCGGCCAAGCAUUUCUAGCAGUGAUGAAAACGAGUCUGCCCAGAACACUUCGAGCACCGUCCAGUAUUCCACUGUGGUGCAUAGUGGGUACAGACACCAAGUGCCGUCGGUCCAGGUCUUCUCAAGAUCCGAGUCCACCCAGCCCUUGUUAGAUUCUGAAGAGCGGCCAGAAGAUCUACAGCUGAUAGAUAAUGUAGAUGGCAGUGAUGGCAUUAUGCCCAGGCAACAGUAUUUCAAACAAAACUGCAGUCAACAUGAAACCAGUCCAGAUAUUUCGCAUUUUGAAAGGUCAAAGCAAGUUUCAUCAGUCAAUGAAGAAGAUUUUGUUAGACUUAAACAGCAGCAGAUUUCAGAUCAUAUUUCACAGCCCUAUGGAUCUGGGCAAAUGAAAAUGUUUCAGGAAGUUCCUGCAGCCAAUGCUUUCAGUCCAGGCAUUGAGGGACAAGUAGAGAGAUUUGAAACAGUUGGGAUGGAGGCUGCAAUUGAUGAAGGAAUGCCUAAAAGUUACUUACCGCAGACUGUAAGACGAGGCGGCUACAUGCCUCAGUGACAGCUAGCUCCUGUUACAGUUUCCGAAGAACCUGUAAAGUAAAGCUAAAGAUAUUUUAUCUGUGAUUUCGGAUCUUCACUCACUGAAGAUGAUCAUUUGCCCUUAAGGACAAGAAUGUACUGUCCUCCCGCAUGGGCUAUUUCCAUUCCAGAAUAUCUGGGAUUCGACUUUAAGCACUACAGAAACUGACUCCAUCCUCUGAAUAGCUGAAUGACUUUGUGCUGUUUCAGGAUGUUUGCACUGAAGAAAAAGCUUGUCUAAAAUUUAUAAAGAGAAGCUUUUUGUUUUGCUAUUUAGAAAACAGAGGGUAUUUAAAUUAAAAGCAGUGAUAAACUUAGCACAGCUAUACUGAUUUUAAUGAGAAUAGUCAUCAAAUAUCAACUCUUAGGGAGAAUUAAUAUAAAAGAGGAGCAAGGUCUAGACCCUCUACUUCAGCUGACAACAAAAUUUAAAAAGAGUCCAGAUGGUACAACUAAUAUGAGCCCAGCUUUUGUUGUGUGACAAAAAGAAAAAAGAAAAAAAUUGGGCUCAUUUAUAAUCAUACCAACAUAAAGUAUUAGUUCUCGUCCAUUGGUAAUGAUGCUGCCAGUUACUGGAAGAAAGGAAUUCUGGAGUUUUAACUUGGCAAACUAAAAAUAUUAAUUUCUGAAAAUUAGACAAUCCAUAAUUAAGUAAAUUUUCAAACAUUUGCUUUCUGUCAUUACUGACAGCCUCUGGAGAUCAAUUUCACAAACUCAGCAGAGUGUCCAGAUAAGAGCUAGGAAUGAAUGCAACAAACUCAAAUUUAAAAAAUUCUUUGCCAUUUAGAAAGGCGUACAUUGUUAACGCUUUUCUAUACAUGUAUAUAAACAUUAUUGACCCUUUUUGUUAAGACAUCAGAGAAUUUGGUUGAUGAAGCACUUUAUACAAUAUGUCUUCACCUUAAAAUGUGUUUUGGUUUAAUAUGCUUUGUUUUUAAGUAGGCCAAGAUCGAGUUUUUUUUUUUUUUUUUCUAGUAGGUGUUUGAAGCAGACUAAUAAGUUAGAGGACCUGGGCAAUACUUAUCAAAAUAAACAAAGCACCACCCCCAAAAUGCACACACAGAUCUUAGUAAAUAUCACAGUUAGCAAAUAUCCUUAUUGUAGAGGCACUUAAUGAAGAGAUCAUAUUUUAAUGUCUGUCUGAGGUCGGUGGAACUUAGUGCUACGUGAUGAUUUAGGAACAUUUUAAACCUCUUCCCACAUGUUCUUUUCUUCAGGGGAAUGGAGAGUCAGGCCUCCAGAGCUUAGUGCUAAACUCACUUCCGCAUUUAUGUUAUCCCCUGCCCACCAUGUUUGACAAGGAGGCAGGGGCUAAAGUUAGGAGAUGAGUAAGUAAGAAGAAAUUGUCAUAAAUCAUGUGGUUGACUACUGGUAUCAAGUAAGUUUUCUGUUUUUCUGUCAUAUUUAAGUUACAGAAACCAGGCCAAUUUAAAAUGGUUUGUAGAGGUUAUUGAAGAAUAAAAGGCUGAGAAAAAUUAGUACACAUUUACAGUUGGGAUGUAAUUCAGCUCAUCACCCUCUCAUUAAUAUUGUUCACAUUUGACUUCCUCUUAUGCUUUAUCCUUUGUAUUCUUGCCUAAUACUUUUCAGAGUUCCUUCACAUAUAUGGUCUUUGUGAGACAGAGCAGAUGCUUUAUUCUGAUGUAUCAAGUUCUAUGUUAGGCAAAACCAACAUGAGAUUGGUAGAAUGUCAGAAUUAGAAGUAGAGGAGGAAGACUAGGCACAGAGAGGUCAAGUAGGGACAGAGAGACCCCAAGCUCACACACACUACAAGGUAAUAGCAUCACCACCAUUUAAGUUGGUCAUCAAAGGCUGGUCCAAAUCAGGACAAGAUUUAUCUUGCUAAAUGUCAACAAAUUUAUAUCUACGAGGGUGAGUCAAAAACUAUCCAAAUUCCGGUUAUAUUAAAACUUCUGUUGGCCACACUGUCUUAUCAGAGCUUUCUGUUCAAGGCUUAUCUUCCCAGUGACUGCUGUGCAGGCGUGAACGUGUUACAUCAGUUCAUUUGUAAGGGCGGUGCAAGCAAAAAUGGAUGCCCCACUUGUGAUUUGCAUGAAAGAAGAGCAGCGUGCAGUGAUUCGUUUUCUGUGGUCUGAGGGUGUACCUGGUGCCCUUAUUUAUCGAAGACUUUGCACACAGUAUGGAGAGAAGUGUUUUGUUGCAAAGAAGUGUGUAUGGAUGGAUAGAGAAGUUCAGGGAAAGUCACACAAGUGUUAGCCAUCAAGCAGCCCUACGAGGAUGAAGAUUCACUUCUAAUGAAGAAAUGAAGGUAGCGGUGCAUUCGUGGCUCGCAACUCAGUCUAAAAUAGUUUUUAAUGAGGGAAUACGAAAGCUUGUUGACAGAUGGACAAGGUGUAUUGAAAAACAAGGAGGUUGUCAAAAAAUGAUGUAUUUGCCUUUUCUAAAAGUAAAUUUAAAUAAAUUCUACAGCCAGAGUACAGAUGAUUUUUGACUCACCCUCGUAUUAUAUUUUUCAUUUCCUCGGAAUCAGUAGUCAUGUUGUUAUAACCAUGUUUAGCGCUAACCUUCCCCCUAACAAAUAGCAGUGUUGUGAAGAACAUUUUCAGUGUGAAGAUUGUCUGUGGGGUGGGCAGUUUUAAGAUGUGAACUCACGAUCUAAGGGAAUGAGAACAAAUAAGGACAUCAUAGAAGCAGAUUUGUGUGUUGAAACUUGUAUAAAAGAUGGUGCAGUGAGUGAAUGCCCCCAGCCACAAAAGCACUUUAGGCAUAUUAAAUACAUAUAUAGUUACUGUGCAAAAAUUCAUUCAGGAAAUAAAUAUAUUUAUGUAACAUACAUCUUUGCCCUAAAAGAGAAAAGUAGUCAUGAAACUUAAGUACAAAAUUACUUUCAAAAGGCAUGUCUUGAAUAAAUCUGUAUUGAUACAUGUCAGUUGUAUUUUUGGUAGGCACAGAAACAAAUCCAGCUAUUUUAUGUGAAAAUUAGACUGUUUAAGAUUGUGGGUUUUUUACUCAUUAAAUAUCCAGUACCCAAAAAUUUGAUUCUAAUCUUGUAAGAUUAGAAGAAUAAUAAGCAUAUGUUACCGGAAUUGUUAUUGUAAUUUGAUUAUUUGUUACUGGUGUUUUUGGUAUCCUGCCCUCCUCCUCCAUAAAGGCAUGAUGCUGGAUAACUGUUGGAAAACUGUCGGACUUCAAACCCACUAAAAUCUGAAAGUUUAAUUCUUUUUUAACCUGGAUCAUUCUGCACUGGGAGCAGAAGCAAGGGAAAAAGAAUCAUUCACGUUUUGUGUUCACAUCUAUUCUCUACCUAGUUGUUUAAUUUCAGUCUUUUUCUUUGAUAAGAUUUUUUUUUUUUUUACACAUGAAGUCAUCCAACAACCCUAGUUUAUUGUGAAGUUAAGGGUUAAUGAAGUUGAAAUAUACUUUUAAAACAUUUAUUUAUGAAAAUUCGCAUUUAAAGUGGAACAUCUAAAAUAGCUCUAUAAAUAGAAAUCAAAUUUUAAAAGCUGUCUUUUUUCUACUUACAUAGUUAAGUAGUUAAAAUCAUGACAUAAAUUUAGAAAUAGAAUUAUUAUAGAAUUUCCUAAAAUAUUUCUGUUAACUGGCAUGUAUUGACCAACUACAAAUCAAGUAGGAGGGCUCUUCCUAGUCUAUUCCAUUAUAUUCCACACCAGUCUCCUCCUCGGUUUGGUGUUAAGAACAAAUUUCUAUACCACACACUUCUGUUUUAGUAGUUUUUUGUUGAAAUGGGUAAAAUGUCAAAAUAAUAAGCUACAUAAAACAAAGUUCGAUUGUUUAAAAAUAUUGGGAUAGCUUUCUGUUGUAGGUUGUGUUAGAUUCUUGCCCAGGUAAGAUUAAAGAUGCUUUUACACUUUUUGUAAAUUAAAAGAACAUGAAGCCAUAAAAUGGCAAGAUAAUUAGGUUUAAGAAACUUUAAACUAGCAAACCUACAGCCUAAUUCUUUAGACUGGUCCUUGAUAGCAGUUCCUUCUCAGGCUACUUAUAAACAGAAUUUAGGUGUAUGUCAAAACAAAACUUUCCAAAGCCAAAUGUACUGUCUUUGGGGUUUAUCUAUUUUUUUCAUUGUAUAGGCUACUUAUGUGUGUGUUCAAUGAUAUUCUAAAAUAUACAUUGCAUUAAAAAUAAAAAGGCAGCUCUGGAUGAGCUCUUUUUUGUUACCUAUUUGUUCCUAAAUUUUUAAAGGCUUUUUGUACUCAGUAGUUCCUUUACGGGUUAGUUUAACUUCCCCACCCAGUUCUUUAAAGUUGGUAGAUGCUGAUGAAAGUGCAUUUAAGGCCAAUGGUGAUAGAUGUUACAGACCUUUUAUCUCUUAAACAUAAGCUUUGACAAUGAUAACUAUGUUUCAGAUGCUGUUACAUGAAUCUUAAAAUGUGAUGUGUCAGAAGUAAAGGGAUAAUUUAAAGGUGGAUAUUUGAGAAUUCCUUAGUCUUAGUAUAUAUGUAUAUUGAAUAGUAUAUUCUAAAAAUAAGUGUGCAAUUUGCUAGUACUACAAUACAGUGAUUAGCAUUAGGUAGGUCUCCUCUUUAUACUCUAGCUGCAUCCCAUUUAAUUGUAAGUGCAAUCCUUUCAAGUUCACUUGCUCUUUUACGCCGACCUAAUCUAACUUCAUAUAGAAGGCUUGUGUAGAAAGAGUAUUGUAUGUAUUUUUACUUUUGCAGAGUGAAUUGCAUGUGCGAAUCGUAACCACAGCUAUUGUUUUUAUGUUGACAUAACUCUAAUGUUCUCUUAUAUAUCCACUCUAAUCCUUUAAGUAAAUUUAAUAAAUUUUUACUCAAAUUUU